AUGAACUUCCCCCCAGAGGAUAUCCAAGUGUUGGUCUCCAAGAUAGCUGCCAUAUUGCGCUCUAGGAAUGAGACUUUGGCAGUCUCCGAGGCUGCUUGUGGUGGCCUUUUAUCUGCAUACGUUGUCAGUGUACCAGGAGCAUCUGACUUCUACAUAGGAGGAAAGUUGGUGUACUCAUUGAAACAAAGACUUAAAUUGUCUGGCUGGUCCGAUGUUGAAAUAAGUCAAUACAUGGGACCUUCAGAGCAGGUGGCCCUCAAACUUGCCCGCACUGCAAAAUAUGAAUUGGGCUCGACUUACGUGCUAUCGGAAACUGGAUUCGCGGGCCCAUCAUCUGAUCUCCACUUGAACCACAAUCAGGACCAGAACACGGCUGCCAAGGUUGGCACUGUGUUUCUUGGGCUCAGUGGUCCCGCGAAAGAGAUCUCAUGCUCCAGAGAAACUGGCAGCGUGGAGAGAGCGACAAAUAUGACCGAGUUUGCUAAGUUAGGCUUGGAGUUUUUGUUAGAGCAAUUGCAA